GUGGCCUCUUCUUCCUCCUCCGCGGCCGGGGACGGGGAACUACCCCCCGCCGGCCGCCGCAAAUCCUCCUGCUCGUCGUCGUGGUGAGCUAUGUCCGGGUCGGAGCACCCCAUGGUGGCCGCCGCCCGCGCCGCCCUCGCCCACCUCCAACUUCCCUUGCCCCCCGCCCCCGCCGGAUCCAAUAUGGAUCAUCAUCUUCUUCCUCAUUUCCUCCACAGGUCUCCCCCCUCUCCAUGCUUCCUCCUCCUCCGCACCCAACACAAGCCUAAACCGCCGCAGCCGCAGCUCCACCUCCUUCUCUGCACUGCUUUCGAUUCCCUGGCCCAUAGCCUGCAGGAGGUCCUGGACAAGCACAAACCAAAGCUACAUCUGGACACAUUAUUCCUCCAUGGAAACCUCCCUUUCGCAAAGGUUGGGGUACCGCCGCCUCCCCCGCCACCCGCACCCCUCCUCUCCCCACCGUCUGUCUCCGCCCACCACCAACACCAACCUGCAACUCCAACUGAAACCGAAACCGAGGACACUGCUGCUAAUGACUCUCCACCACCACGGACCCUGCCUGUUCGCCUGCUCAACAUCCCUGUUGACCGCCUACGCUCCACACUUUCCACACUUUCACUCACCGAGUUGAUUGACCUAGUUCCACACCUGGUUGCUAGGUCCUUGCCAUCCCCUGAUACUCAUCCAGACAAGAAGAAACUCUUCUCUGUACACCACUUCUUCCGAUAUGCAGAAUUUGAAGGAAAGCGAUUCUUUGAGGAGUUAGACAGAGAUGGUGAUGGUCAAGUCACCCUGGAAGACCUUGAGAUUGCAAUGAGAAAGAGGCGAUUGCCAAGGAGGUAUGCUCGGGAUUUUUUACGGCGCACCAGAAGUAACUUGUUUUCAAAAUCAAUUGGGUGGAAACAAUUUCUAUCCUUGAUGGAGCAGAAGGAGCCAACAAUAUUGCGGGCAUACACCACCCUGUGUUUGAGCAAGUCUGGGACACUUCACAAAAAUCAAAUUCUCACAUCUUUAAAAGGUGCAGGCCUUCCGGCCAAUGAAGAUAAUGCUGCUGCCAUGCUGCGGUACCUAAAUGCAGAUUCAGAAGAAUCAAUCUCCUACAGCCAUUUUCGCAAUUUCAUGCUCCUGCUUCCUUCAGAGCGCCUUGAAGAUGACCCUCGGAACAUUUGGUUUGAAGCUGCUACUUUGGUUGCUGUUCCUCCACCGGUAGAAAUAUCAACUGGAAGUGUUCUGAAGUCUGCUUUAGCUGGAGGUCUUGCUAGUGCACUUUCUACCUCCGUGAUGCAUCCCAUUGAUUCAAUGAAGACACGUGUCCAAGCAUCUUCUCUUUCUUUUCCUGAUCUCAUAUCAACACUUCCACAAAUUGGGCUCCGAGGACUUUAUCGGGGUUCUAUCCCCGCAAUUCUUGGUCAGUUUUCAAGCCAUGGUUUGAGAACAGGAAUAUUUGAGGCAAGCAAGCUUGUGUUAAAAAGUGUUGCUCCAACACUUUCAGAUAUUCAGGUGCAAUCACUCUCUUCCUUCUGCAGCACCAUCCUGGGAACAGCAGUCCGUAUACCUUGUGAGGUUCUUAAGCAGCGUUUGCAGGCUGGAAUCUUCAAUAAUGUAGGGGAGGCCAUUGUUGGUACCAUGCAAAAAGAUGGUCCAAAGGGCUUCUUCCGUGGCACUGGGGCCACUCUUUGCCGAGAGGUUCCUUUCUAUGUUGCUGGAAUGUGUCUUUAUGCAGAAGCUAAAAAGGCGGCACAGCAUGUGUUGAACAGAGACUUGGAACCAUGGGAAACUAUUGCAGUGGGAGCGUUGUCUGGAGGGCUUGCAGCAGUUGUCACAACUCCCUUUGAUGUGAUGAAGACUCGGAUGAUGACUGCUCCACCAGGCACCCCAGUCUCCAUGCAGUUGAUAGUUUUCUCCAUCCUUCGAAAUGAGGGACCUCUCGGACUGUUCAAGGGUGCGAUCCCCCGCUUCUUCUGGAUUGCUCCUCUCGGAGCAAUGAACUUUGCAGGCUAUGAGCUCGCCAAGAAAGCAAUGAUCCAAACUGAGAGUGACUCCGCAGACUCUGUACAUGAGAAGAGAACCACAGUGGGUUCCAGAGGAUGACAGAUCCAAAUUCACCUGGUUACUCUAUAUGGUGUAAAGAAAGGACAAGCCAUGCAACAGAAAUGUUUUUGCCCUUGUUGCAAAGAAUUAGAACCAUUUUUUGGCAUUGCCUUCGUGAUACAUGUACCAAAUGUUAGGUCCUUCUAUAUCCUUCCCAUCCUCCCCAACAGAGGGAAAUUUGUCGAAUUCCCAUUACCAUAGGCCUUCAUUAUACCACUGUAUAGUAGAUGACAACUACAGGAGUAGACGUGCUGCCCUUUCUUGCACAGUUCACUUCAUCUGUUGUUAUUUCUUUAGUAAUCCAGAACCUUGAUGACAUGUUCAUUAACCCUCCUCGUGAUUAGUUAGCUCAGUUGUGACAA